AUGGCAAAAAAUAUUGUAAUUAUCGGAGCUGGAGCUGCAGGAAUAUCUGCUGCUGUUAAAUUGAAUAAAAAUGGUUUAAGAAAUGUGAUUAUUUUAGAAGCUAGUGAUAGAAUUGGUGGUAGGAUUCACACAACAUUAUUUGGAAACAACACUGUGGAUUUAGGAGCACAAUGGUGUCACGGAGAAGAAGGAAAUAUUGUACAUGAUAUAGUGAAGGAUAUGAAUCUAUUAAGUAGUUCAGAAAUGUUCCUCAAUAAUGAAAUUCUCAUAUCAGAUGGAACAACAGUUUCCAAAGACAUUUCUAAAAAACUUGAAGAAAUUUAUUUAAAGAUUGCUAUCAAUGAGGAUGAUAUAAUAGAUCCUGACCUAUAUUACAAUAUUUUAAAGGAAACUGAAUAUCAAUUAAUCGAUACAGUUCUCGCUGAACAAUACUUAGAGUGGUGCCAUAAAUGUGUUAAUAGUGUUGAUGCAUCCGACAAUUGGUUUGAAAGUUCUGCUAAAGGAUCAUUAGAAUAUUUUGAAUGCCCUGGACAUCCAUUAUUGAAUUGGAAAGGUGCUGGAUAUAUUAGAUUUCUAGAAGUCUUAAUGAUUUCUUAUCAAACUAACAAAGUUUGUAUAGGAAAAAUACCCAGAUAA